AUGCAGUGGUUGUUAGCUAUUUACAGUGUUACUUACAUGAUGCAAUUUUUUUAUAACGGAGUCGAAGGAAGGAGCAGAGAUGAAGUUCAUGUUCAAUGUGGGAAGAAUUCGGAGUAUACGAAAAGUGAAGUUUUGCGACAUAAUAAACCGAAUAAUUUGUGGAUAAUUUACGGCACAAACGUCUUCGACGUAACGGAGUACUAUCCAGAUCAUCCCGGAGGUGAAAGAAUGUUGAGACAAGCGGGUAAAAAUGCGACUACAGCGAUUUUGAAUGUACCAGCUCAUUUCCCGGUACGACAUCUUAUUAUCAGCACACUAUCAAAACUGUGCAUUGGAAAAGUUAAGGACUAG